GAGCCUUUGCAGCCCUUUUAUUAGGCCUGUUAUUUUUCUGUUGGUCACACACAGGCCCUCGCCAUGAACGGUUUCACGGCUGCUCUCCUUGUCUGGACUCUGAUUUCUCCCAGCGGCGGGGGCCACGGUGGCAGAGGGGAACUUUGGCCCACACACGUGGCCUGCAGGAACGAGGAUUUGGAAGUGUUCUACCAGAGCUGUGAUCCAUUGCAGGAUUUUGGCUUUUCUAUUGACGAGUGUUCCAGAAAACUGAAACCAAAACUCAGCAUUAGAUUUGGCAUUAUUCUGAGGGAAGAUAUCCAGGAGCUGUUCCUUGACGUCCAGUUCAGCACUAAAGGCUCUUCUAUUCUGAAUUUCUCCUAUCCCAUCUGCGAGGACGAUCUACCCAAGUUUUCUUUCUGUGGAAGAAGGAAAGGAGAGCAGGUUUACUAUGCUGGUCCUGUUGACAACGCUGGAUUCGAAGUUCCCGAGGGAGAACACCAGGUUUUGCUGAAACUGUAUAAUGAAAACGGUUCCACUGUGGCUUGUGCCAAUGUCACUGUCAUUUGCUCCUGACUGUGGCCUGCAGGCAAAAGCACAGCAAGCUCACUCUCAUGGGGACUCCAGGUCCCCAGACUCAACCUGCUCUGUAAGACGAACCAGCCGAUGGCAGAGGGACUCUCUGAAGAAGCUCCCUGAGCAGUGCGGUUACUAAGUUUAGCCCCAGGAUCAGAUGUCCCCACACUCCACAGAUGUAAUGAAGCCUUGGAAAUUAUGUGCUUCUGGAGCCUCUUGGUAGUCACUAAGCAGUCUCCAGGGUCAUUCCUCCCCUAAUUAGUAACCUCACAUCAGCCUCACCUUCAUCUUGACUCCUUGGGAGCUUUUCCUCACAGUCACCCAGAAUAAAGAAAACGAGCUCACAACUGUUCAGCAUGAAUUUUUCAACACGUCUAAGUACAAUACUGUCAUUAAAAAGUCAUUUUCUCCAGAUACAGGUGUCACCUGGUGGCACAGCACAAGCACUUCUAAGAAAUUCAAGAGCAUGAUGCUCCAUCUACAAUUAGAGAACUGGAGAAGUGUGCAGAACUGGGCGAACCUCAAGAAACACUCAUUUCACCUUCAUCCUCUGCAUCAGUCAGCUUUCCAUCACUACAGUGAAUACCGGGGACAAUGGACUUAUAAAGAGAAAAGGUUUACUUUGGCUCCCAGUUUGGGAAGUUCCAGUCCGUGAUCUGUUGUCCCCUACUGCUUUAACCUGUGGCCAGCCAGCUCAUCAUGGCGGGAGCCCAUGGCAGAGCAAAUCUACUCACCUCCCAAGUCAGGGAGCAAAGGGGAAGAAGAGGGACACAGUCCUCUUUAAGGGCACGCCUCCAAUUUUUCCUAAAGAUCUCUAGGCUCUGCCUCUUAAAGGCUCCACUGCUUCCCAAGAGUGCAUCCCCAGGGAAUCAAGCCUUCAACACAUAGGCCUCUGAGGACAUUCACAAUCCAAACUUAGCAUCCCCCAGAGCAUGAUUAUACCUGAUCUCAGCACACAAUGUCACUCAUUCCUAUAUUCAUUCAUUCAUUUCAUUCAUUUAUUCAAGGAACAAGUGCUCAACACCUACCAUGAAGCAUUGUGCUCCUAGAAUACACUGGGAACAAAACAGGUACUGUUCACGCCUAAAAGAGGCAGUUCCUGAAAUAUUAAGAAGCCACAUACCCAGUAGUGAACAAACUCAUCUACACCUUCAAUUCCUCAAUAAAUGAGCAAGAUGUCCAUCUUGUUUCCAGAGCCAGCUCGGAAGCCCGCCUUCUCAUUUCCUGGGGUACAGGUGGUAUGGCAGGUUCUGCAGUCCCUU